GUUCGAUGUUUCUGGUUGCCUAAGAGCCAUUAUACGAGGGUAUCUCAUUGAUACCCAAAGUUGUAGUUGAGAGAGAUGUUUGAGAAUCCUUGUGGUGUUCUGGAGUUUAACUUUCUCCUUUGCGUCUGCCUCGAUAUACCAGAAUCACUUUUUAGAUAUAUUUUUUUAGGUUGGACCAUUGACAAUAAUGUAUUACUGUGACACCGCCUAUAAUGAUUCGAGGAAGAUAAUAAGAAUUUGCAGCAAGCUCCGGCAAAACAUCCUACUUUUCGGAGAUGAGCAGAAAGAAAUGAAGAAACUACUAAUGCAAACGUCAGCAGUCACUUCUGAAAUCACUGCUGCAAGAUUUUUCAAAAUGAAAAAAUCGACAAUUUUGUCGUUCUUCAAUAUAUCUUUGACGUAUAUUAUUGUAUCGUCCCAAUUUUGUGAUGCAAGUAUGGAAUGUCACGUGUGAUACGUACUUUUGUUCUCCUUUUUCCGCGGCGUACUUUGCAUUUGCAAUUCAAUUGUGGAACUGCCUUUAGAAAUUAACUAGUAGUAUACGAGUAUAAACGGUCACAUAUGUGUAGUGAAUGGAAAUGCUUGACAGCGCAGCUUUUAUCACUAACAACCACACUGACAACGUAAACAAAAAAUUCAGAACCUAACCUAACUCAAAAUGAUGCUAUAUUACAUCUGUGCACGUUAGUAUUACAUCGUGCUUCGAUAAUAGUGCACGUGAAAGCUCGAAAAUGGUUGCGUUACUGCCAAACGAAAUAUGGGAACAAAUUCUGGAAUAUCUGGAUACUUUCGAAUUGAUGCAAUUCUGCAUUGCGUUCCCGAACUUAGAUUACUUCCUGGAAGAUGGUAAGGUGAUAAAAACUAUAGAUUUUGCCAGAAAGUUCGUAAUUUUCAACUUGGAUGUGUGUCAGUUCAUCUUAACUAAAGUCAACUACAAUGCAAUAAAAACUUUAAAAAUUGACGGUCUGUACUGGAUACCAGCCCAAGAUCUCCGAAAAAUGGUUAGGGACUUGAAAAACCUCAAAGAACUAUGUGCCAUUGAUACAAAUCUGAGUUUGAAAGAAAAAGAUAUUGUGGAGUAUGGCAAGCUAUCCAGACUGUCUCUGACUGUAGAAGAUACUCAUUUUGAAGCUGGCACAGUUAUAUAUGCCAAAUAUCUAGUAGACUUGAAAUACAUGUUCUUGAAAAUAACCUCAAAACAAGAGGAUCACAUCACUGGUGCCUCUAAUGUGAUAUCCUUCUUUGCAAGAAUGGACCAACUUAAGGAGCUGUGGAUAUCAGAUGAUGAAGAGAGUGUAAAUAGGAUAGACUAUGAAAGAAUUGCUGUAUCUUUACCUAACUUAAGCAAACUUGUCAUAAAAUCAAAGUGUGUGAUUCCAUAUUAUGACUUAAGGUACUUAGGUUUGUUCAAGGUAUUUGAAUGUAAAAGAUGUAACUUUGAAACUGAAUUUAUAUGUGAAAGAGUAAGGACUAGAGGGAGCAUAUGUAAACCUUCAAUUUUUGAACCAAAAGGUACCGCUUUAGAGAAUGCCUGGGAUGUCUUCAUGAGCUUGCAUAAAGAUAUGCCUUGUGGAUCCAAAGAAAGUAGACAAAUUUAUUUAAAUCAUAAUAUCAAGGAUGUGAAUUUUGUAGAUUUGAACUUUUGUCAGGCAGUCAUAUUGUGUAACACAAAAUAUACUAAUGCAGCAUUAGAAAUAUUGUCAUCAAAAAAUUGUAAAUUUUUAAAACGGUUAAGUUUUAGAUCUUGUCUAUUCUCUACUGAGGAACUAGAUAAAUUAUCUAGACCUACCACUGGUUUCAAAAAGCAAAGAAUUGGGUUGCAGACCAAAACAGACAAACACCCUUUCUGUAAAAUAACCAAAAAGCUAAAAUCUUUGAAAGAAUUAGAAAUUUAUUAUUGCCCCAACUGUGUUACUGGUGGGAUCAUAGCAGGAUAUAUCUCUAUAAGUAUGCUUCCUAAAUUAGAAAAACUAAGCUUGGAAAUUCCACAUUUAUUAGAUGGUUCAUUCCUAGAGGAUUCUUUGAAAAAAUGUAAAAAGUUGCAUACUUUAAGCUUGACUUGUGAAUAUCCAAAUGAAAAGUUUAUUAUUAAUCUUUGUAAAAGCUUGAAACAUGCAACUUCACUCAGAAAUUUUAGGCUAAUGUACAAGGAAGUGGCAAUAGAUAGAUUGUUUGAAAGUCUUGUUAGUAUCAAAGAUAAAAAAUUGCAGAGGAUAUUUCUUAGUUGUGAGAAUAUAAGGUAUGCCACUAAUAAAAGUGAGUUAGAGGUAUAUACAGACUUUUUCCAAGAGCAGUCUCAAUUGGUAUUUUUCUUUGUGGUAGCUUCCAAGCAUACAGCUAAACAGAACACUGAUAUUCAAAGCAUACUCAAUGUUUAUAAGGCUGAUAACCCUGCUAAAAUAUUUCUUAUUCAUAAAGAUAAUCAUUAUGUAAGACAUAAUUUUCCUUUACCUACUGCACAUCAUGAUCUUGUCUUGAAUCGUACAAAUGUCUCUGUUAUACAUUUUGAUGAAUUUUACUAGUACAUAAGAAAAAAUAAAAAUAUUUCCAUUGCAGUUUCAAAAACUGAUUUUCCAAUUUUUGCUACUACAAUUUCUGAUCUCAUUUCAUCAUUUUCUACAAUUCACAUACUUCUAACCCCAGUAAAAAAAAUGAAUUUCAAAUGCUCGUGCUCGUAGCCCACGCGUACAAAUGUUCUGUAACGCCAAAUUAUUUUGAUAUAUUGCCAAAACAUACCGAAAUUUUUACUGUUAAGGUGCUGAUCGUUUUUGUUAACUCAAAUGCUUAUUUUUGCAUCCCAGUUAGUUGCUUUCAAACUCUUAGUCAUGUUCACAUUGUUAUUAUAUUUGUAUUUCUUACUUUUUAUUUGCCCUUUCAUUGUUAAUAAAUAUUAGAGAAUUUUUA